AAUUUAAGAUUAGUUGUUAAAAGUUGCUUAGCUUGUUGACGUUUUUAGUCAAAGGUCUUCCCACAAUAAAAGCACUUGUUAUAUAAACGGCAAAUUUAGUACAACAACAAAAACACGCUCGACGUGUUUGAAAAGUCUUAUCUUUCUCUCUUCUUUUGUUUCUUCCGCCAUUUUCGCUUUUUUGCUCUUCACUUUCAGAACAUGUGCACAAGAAGAACAUAGAGGCAUUACACAUAUAAAUAAAAUCCUUCAAAAAUUAGUCCAUCAUGGUUUCAUACACUGACUUAGAGCAAGGUGUAGUUGGAGAUGUCAAUCAGCAGAAACUGCACAAAUCAUCUGAAGCCGGCGAAAUUAAUGAAGUAGGCAUGAUGGCUAAGGAUCAAGAUCUUCCUGCACCAGCAGCAACAGGCACUCAGCAAAAGGAAAGGAAAAGAUAUAAUCCUAAAAUUCGAGUUCAGUCGAUGGGACUUUCACCUAUGAUUGUACCUUUGUCUGCAAGGGAAGGUCAAAAUGAGGUUGCUGCAAGAUUUGAGGCCCAUGUUAAGGAAUUAGUAGAGAAUUUGAAAAGUACAACAAUCGAGACUGUAAGGGAAGCCACCUGUGAGCUCCGGAUUUUAGCCAAGGAAUUGGAUAACCAAAUCUUGAUAGCGAGUUGUGGGGCUAUUAGCCCUUUGGUUGACCUCCUUUGUAGUUCAGAUAUGAAAACUCAAGAAAACGCGGUCACAGCUGUUCUGAACUUGUCUAUCAGUAACAACAAUAAGAUCAGCAUUGUCAAAGCUGAGGCAAUUGAGCCUUUGAUUCAUGUCCUUCAGACUGGGACAUCUGAUGCUCGGGAAAAUGCAGCUGCAACUCUUUAUAGUUUAUCUGUUUUCGAAGAGAAUAAGAUUAGGAUAGGGAAUUCAGGAGCUAUUGAUGCUUUGGUGGAUUUGUUAGGGAAUGGAACACCCCGUGGUAGGAAGGACGCUGCCACUGCUUUGUUCUACCUGUCUACAUGUACUGAUAAUCGGCUUACAAUAGUGAAAUCAGGUGCUGUAAAACAUCUGAUAGACUUGAUGGAUCCUGCAACUGGGAUGGUCGACAGGGCAGUGGUUGUGUUAGCAAAUCUUGCCUCGGGUCCUGAAGGAAGAAAGGCUAUAGCCGAAGCAGGGGGGAUAUCUCUUCUUGUUGAGGCGAUUGAGCUAGGUUCACCCAGGGGAAAAGAGAAUGCUGCUGCAGCACUUGUGCAUUUUUGUGCAGACAGUAAUAGAUACUGCAGAAGGGUGUUAGAAGAAGGAGCUGUGCCACCUUUAGUAAUCUUGUCCAUGUCCGGAACCUCAAGGGCCAAAGAAAAGGCUAACAGGGUUCUGCAGCAUUUGAGAAACCUAAAAGCAGCUUAUAAUGCCAGAGCAGGCGGAUUGUAUACCUGAAAUUUCGCAAUGUCGUCUGUGGUAACUUUAUUUUAAUAAUCAGUUGAGAAAUAUAUAGUAUAAAAUUAGUUCUUCUGAAUUGUUCGUUCUUCUGUGAAUAUUGUGUAAAAGAUAAGGUAUACGAAGUAUUUGCCUUGAUAAUUGGGCAACUAACAGGAUGUAAAUUGUUCUGUUAGGUCAAGUUGGACAAGUAAGAGCAUCUUUGACAUUUCGCCUCCUAUUAUCUGCUUAACUGUAGUAGACAA